AUGGAUGAAGCUCACACAGUUGUAGAGUUUCUACUUGAGGAUCUUGAAUUGAUGUUGGAAAAGGCUAGUUCCCCAUGUUCAAUGCCUGUCAAAGAAAAUCAAGUUAUGAUUUCUCUCUUUGAGAAUCUCAAAAUCAUAAAAUCCUUCCUGGAAAGAACAAGAGAAUCCCCCUUUGACCAAAGGCAACUCCACUUUUUCUUGGUUACAGAGAUUAGAGAAGUGCUCUUGAAGAUACUACAAUCCGUGGACCCUUAUGAAAUCAAUGCUCUCACGAAGAAUGGUGGAAUCUCUGGAAUGGAGACUGGUAGUUUGUUCAAGAGUUAUCCAGAGCUUGCUCUUCAAGCAAAACAGAUUGAAUUAUUCAAGAACGUGAUCUUGGAAAUUCCUCAUGAUGCCUUGAGGUCUUCCAUGGAAUCCAAUGAAGUGGCAGAAGUUUCAGGUGAAGUUUCAUCAAUAACCAAGAGCAGCAGUUCCAUUCAGUUGGAGGAAGACAAGAUGGUAGGUUUUGAUGAUGAAGCAAUCACACUGCUGGACAGGCUUACAGGGGAUCAGAAACAACUGGAAGUGAUUUCCCUUGUUGGGAUGGCAGGAAUUGGGAAGACGACUUUGGCUAAAAGAUUGUACAAUGAUCCACGAGUUGUUUAUCACUUCCAUGUUCGCGGAUGGGCUUGUCUAGCAGAAGGACAGAAGGUAAAGAAUGUGCUUUAUAACCUAUUAAGUUCAGUUAUCCUUGACAAUGCCUCUCUGCAUAAAAUGACUAAUCAGGAAAUGGGAGAUAAAUUAUACGAGUAUUUAAAAGGGAAGAGAUACUUUAUUGUCCUUGAUGCUAUAUGGGGUUCAUUCAUUUGGAAUUCAUGGUUGAAACAGUAUCUUCCAGAUGAUAAUACUGGUAGCAAAAUUCUUGUUACUUGUCGUAUGCAAAAUGUGGUUAUAGAAAUAAGUGCUCCUGUUUCCAUCCAUAAUUUGCAGUUUCUUGGUCAGAUUGAAAGUUGGAAUUUAUUUGUGAGUAAAGUUUUUGCUCACAAUGAAAGCUGUCCUAGAGAGCUAAUGGAAUUAGGUAGUGAAAUUGUUGGAAGAAGCAAGGGACUGCCCCUUGCAAUUGUAGUUUUGGCUGGAGUAGCAAAGAAAGAUAAGACGCCAGAGUGGUGGACUUAUAUUGUCCAAAAUAUUGGUUCAUGUAUACAUGGUGAAGAGGGACAGUUCAUAGAUAUUUUAGCAUCAAGUUAUGAGCACUUGCCUAAUCACCUAAAAUCCUGCUUUCUUCAUAUUGCAUCAUUUCCACAAAACUAUGAAAUCCCUGUGAAGUUAGUGUGGUCGUGGAUUGCAGAGGGAUUUAUAAAGGACACUAGAGAAGAGAAACUAGAAGAUGUGGCGGAGGAUUAUCUGAGAGAUCUUGUUGAUAGAAGUUUAGUUGUUGUAUCCAAGAGAAGGUCCAAUGGUGGCAUAAAGACGUGCUAUAUCCAUGAUCUGUUGAGAUAUUUAUGUUUCAAGAAAGGCAAAGAUAGCAAAUUGUUGUGGCCAAUUUGCAGAUAUCGACAGCUCUCUCUUUUCUCGCCUUCCCAUCCUACCUUGUAUAACUACUUUUUUGCAUGUGCUGCAGAAAAUAAAUUGAUCCAUUGCCGCAAGAAGCAAGAGCCAACUUCUGGAUGCUUCCAUUCUUACAGUUUCCACCAUGUCCAGUCAAAUCAUGUCAAUAUCACCCACUUGAGUAUAUAUCUUGAUGAACAAAAGUCCCUUGUAUAUAAGCUUCUCAGAGUGUUGGAUUUAGAGUACAUCAUCCUAGAAAACUUCCCCAUGGAGAUACUGCAGCUAGUUCACCUAAAGUACUUGGCACUCCGGAUUUUUUGCCUCAGAUAUCUAUCCCUGCUGUCAAACUUUUGGAACUUAGAAACUUUCAUUCUUUGUACUGAAAAAGCAAGUGUGACUUUGCAACAAGAUAUUUGGAAGCUGGUAAAACUAAGGCACUUGCAUAUCUCAAGUGAGCUGGAAUUUGAAGAUGCUGGUUUGAGCUCCUCAAGUCCCUUGAUGUUGUAUAAUCUGCAAACAAUUUCCCAAGUAUGUCCUUCAGGUGGUUCUUUCCAGAACAUAUUGGCGAGAAUGCCAAAUCUUAUAAGGAUGGGAUUGCAUCUAACUUUGUCAAACAAUGCCAAAAAUUUUGAGUUCCCUGAUCUUUCUAGUCUAAAUUCGUUAAAGAGGUUAAAAUUUGAGUAUCAAACUUUAGGUGUGAUAAAAUUCUGCCUUCCUCAGCCAAGUAAAUUUCCUCCUAACCUGAAGAAGCUGACUCUAGUAGGUAGUCACUUAGAUUGGAAAGAAAUGUCAGUCAUUGCAAUGCUACCAAACUUGGAGAUUCUGAAAAUAAAGGACAAUUUCUUUAGUGGACCACUAUGGGAAGGAAGCGACAAGGAAUUUUGUCAUCUCAAGUUCUUGAAACUUUCACACAUAAAUCUUCAACAGUGGAUUGCCUCAAGUAGCAGCUUCCCUUGCCUCGAGCAAUUGGUGCUUAAUGGAUGUCUAGAUCUGGAGGAAAUUCCAUCCAGCUUUAGAGAGAACUGUACACUGGACAGAAUUGAGGUGUAUCGUUCAUCACAGUCUGCAUUAGAUUCGGCUAGGCAAAUUCGAGAAUCACAGAAAUACAUGGGGAAUGACAAAUUGAAGGUCAUCAUUCACCCGUACUUCAAAGAAAACUAG